CAAAAAUUCCCUCCAGACCAGAGCAACGGAAACAAAUCCUCCACCCGGCCUCUCCACCCCGGCAUCUCAAGCCAAAACCCUAAUUCGCCGGCGCCAUGGAGACGACGCCGGCGUUGGAGAGGAGACCCGCGCUCAUCCACCACAUCCUAUGUAUGCUGGGUGACGCUCCAAGCGCCAGGAUGGUGGCGGAUGAAGCCAAACCUACGGCGCUCGUGGCGGAACGAGAAAAGGAGGCGCCCCCGAUCUGGACAAAAUCCGUGACGUCGCAGGCGGUGAAGGCGGCGGCGGCGGCGGCGGCGGCGGCGGCGGAAGGGAGGAAGCUUUCAGCCGAGACCUCGGUUCGCUGUGAUGGGUUGCCCGAGGAAGAGGCUACUUGUGCGAGGUGCAGACCCUGGACGAGGAUGAAGAAUCCGCAUCCAGUGGAGGCCGCGGCGACCUCACAGCCGGCCAGGACAACGAAGAGUGCUACGGCUGCUCGUGUGGCGCCAAUAGGGAGCGGGGUACCCGUGGAGCCCCUCAUGACGAGGGCCAAGGCCUCGGCGAUGGUUCCACCAGCGGAGAGCAUACCGGUGGAGCCCCUCAUGACGAGGGCCAAGGCCUCGGCGAUGGUUCCACCAGCGGAGAGCAUACCGGUGGAGCCCCUCAUGACGAGGGCCAAGGCCUCGGCGAUGGUUCCACCAGCGGAGAGCAUACCCAUGGAGUCGGGAGGGGGCAGGCCGUCUCAACAGUCAUCUUCCAGUACUGAGAGGAUUCUUCAGAAGGGGCCUGCGCCAAGAGAGGAUCCCCAAUCUGAUCAGUUCAAGUCGUCUGCAGCUGUUGGCAUUCAGAAGGGUCUUUCAGCAUUGGAGGGUGUCACAGUAGCAACAUCAUCAGAAGAGGAUGGGAUAUCUGCUCAUAAUGUCUACAAUCAGUACCUUGAUCUCUACAUCUAUGGUUUCCCUGUAUCCUCUUUCUGGUUCGAUAUGUGGAUUGUGAAACCGCUCAUACUGCAUGACAGAGAGUUCAUUGGGCCACUGCAAUACCUCAAGAGUAGAGGGAGGAACGAAUGUCCUCCACUGGAUGGUACGCCCAAUUUCAGCCAUGAAGUGACAGCAGUACUCAAUUCGCAUCCCGGCCCCAUUGAGUAUUUCAGAUUGGAUUCCUCAGAGUGGUCUAGUGAUCAGCUACUGCAGUGGAUGAGAAUUCUCAGGAGCAAGUCAGUUAAUGAGGUCAUCGUAGUAAACAUUGCAUGCUCACCCAGGACAUCGUUUCCCGUUCUUGAAAUGCACAGUACUGAGAAAUUGUCAAUUGGAUUUUUUUUCCAUCACUUCCAUCGAAGGUGUAUCCUUUCGUCUUUCGCUCAAAGUCCUCAGGCUUAUGUGCUGUAGUUUCACUGAGAGCUGUCUCUAUGAAGUAGUGAACUAUUGCCCUGUCUUGGAGGAGCUCCACAUCAGCUUUUCACUUGUGAACAUAAGAAUCUGUUCUAAUAGCUUGCGAAUCUUGCAAGCUACAUCUUGUGAGGCAUCAAGCCUGAUUAUUGAGUCUGCUCCACGGCUAAGUGUCCUUGUUGCAUCAAUUUCUCCAAAGAAGUCUCAUGUCUACCUUAAAAUUGAUGGGGGGAAUUCUUUGGAAGAGCUUCACUGGAUUAUGCUACCAUACCACCAAUUUUCAGAGACGGACAGCAUGUUCAAAAGCCUGAUCUUGCUCCAUAUUGGUAUCAACUUCUUCGAGAAGGCACAGAGAUGCAGACUGUCGAAAAUAUUAGAAUUUACCCCCAUGCUGGAAACUCUUAGAGUGAUGGUAAUUUCUGAUUUUUCUGGACUCAACUUAUGCAUUUGUCUGCUUCAGAAUACUUUACUUGCUGCAUUGCUUACUGUUCCAUUGAAGGGAAAGGUAAUUAAAAACAUAGAGCUGAUGACAAAAUUCUUUCCUUUUGAAUCAAUUGGUUGCAGAGUAUAGUGCCUGUUUCGAUAAUAGUAUAGAAGGGCAAGAUGGACCGUGUAAUACAUACACU